AUGUCACUACUCGCUCUAUCACGUCAUAAAGAAAAUAUUUAUCUUUAUGUCAGUAUUCGAUAUAAAUAUAAGACAAUUGCGACAUCAUUUCUUCGUACAACAAUGGUAGAAAACAAAAAGCUUUCGACAGAAGAUUUCAACCUUGUUGAACAUCUAUUACGGCAACGUCUAUCACCUGAAUGGGUUCAAGCUAAACAGCGUGUUAUUGAAAUAAUGAAACUUGAGCAAUUCGAUAACAAUCAAGAAAUCAAAAUUCUCGAUAUUGGUUGCGGUUUGGGAAUUGAUUUAUUAUUAGUAGCUGAAGAAGCUACACGUCUAGGCAAAACAUUAUCAAUAACAGGUCUCGAUCAAAACUCCACACUGAUUGAAGAAGCUAAAGCUUUAUAUAUUAAACAAAAAGAUCAACUCGCAUCGAAUGUCGCCGUUGAGAUUGUACGUGGUGAUAUACUUCAAAUGAAAUUCGAUGACAAUACAUUCGAUAUUGUUCGUUCGGAUAUCACACUUCAACACGUUGAUCUUUCCAAAGCUUUAGCGGAAAUCAAACGAGUGUUGAAAGUCAACGGUCGGUUGAUCGCAUUGGAAGGCGGCAGUGGAAAUCUUUAUAGUUCCGACGAAACACUGAUUAAAACAUACGACGCAGUUUUACCUAAUCGACGAGAUGGCGGAUGUGGCAUUCGUCUGCAAUUUCUGCUACCAAAACUAGGCUUUGAGAUCAAAGAUUCUAAUCCAACAGCGUUCCUUCAAACGGGUGAAUUUCUCGCCAGCCAAGAUAAAGAUUGGGUAAAAUUGAAAGGAAUGGGUGAAAUAUCAGUUUCAAAAGGUGUCUUGACUGAAGACGAGAGCCAAAGUUUUCAAAAGCGUUACAUGGAAGCCUGUAACACAAAUCAAGUGCUCGCUGCCUCAAUUCUCUUUAUCAUUGAAGCAGUGAAAUGUUGA